AUGAUGGAACUUGGUCUCGUACACUUUGGGCAUGGACCUAUUCAUUGGAAUGAAUUAUUCCCUAUUGCUGAUGGAGAUCAACAAUCUCCAAUUGAGAUUAAAACCAAAGAAGUGAAAUAUGACUCUUCCCUCCGACCACUUAUUAUCAAGUAUGACCCAAGCUCUGCUAAAAUCAUCAGCAACAGUGGUCAUUCCUUCAGCGUUGACUUCGAUGACACAGAGGACAAAUCAGUUCUACGAGGGGGUCCACUCACUGGAAGCUACAGGCUCCGGCAGUUUCACCUUCACUGGGGCUGCGCUGAUGACCAUGGCUCUGAACACGUGGUAGAUGGAGUGCGUUAUGCUGCAGAGCUCCAUGUUGUUCAUUGGAAUUCAGACAAGUAUCCCAGCUUCGUUGAGGCAGCUCAUGAGCCUGACGGACUAGCUGUCUUGGGAGUAUUUUUACAGAUCGGAGAACAUAAUUCCCAACUGCAAAAGAUAACUGACAUUCUCGAUUCCAUUAAAGAAAAGGGAAAACAAACACGAUUCACAAAUUUUGACCCUUUAUCUCUGCUUCCUCCAUCCUGGGACUACUGGACGUAUCCGGGUUCCCUCACGGUUCCACCUCUUCUUGAGAGUGUCACGUGGAUUGUUUUAAAGCACCCCAUAAAUAUCAGCUCUCAGCAGCUGGCCAAAUUCCGCAGCCUCCUGUGUACAGCUGAAGGUGAGGCGGCUGCAUUUCUGUUGAGCAAUCACCGUCCGCCACAGCCUCUGAAGGGCCGCAAAGUGAGAGCCUCCUUCCACUGAAGAGUGUCAGCAGUGGCUGUGCCUGACCACGACUGUGGAGAGACAGGAACGAAACAAAGCCCAGCACA